AAAAUAAACAGUAAAGACAAAAUAAUUUCUUUUCUUUUCUCCUUUUCAUUCAAUAUGAAAAUCUGCUCUUAAUAAUGAAAUCUGCUGAUCUUGACAUUAUAACUCUACAUUUCCAUAUAAAACAUUGGCAAAAUAAAUGAGCCUGCUUUUCAAUUCUCCUUAUAUUCUCUUUCAUUUUGGACAUAUUUCUCUGUUAGAAAGCAAUCUACAUAGCAAGCAAAAGAAAAGGAAAUAAGAAAAAGAAAAAAAAAAAAAAAAAAACCUUUCAAGAUGAUAGAAAUAGAUGAUGAUGACAGAAAGAGAACAGGAACAUUGGUGACUGCAAGUGCUCAUAUCAUAACAGCAGUUAUUGGGUCAGGAGUGCUGUCUCUUGCUUGGGCAACUGCUCAACUGGGUUGGAUUGCUGGACCUGUGUCUCUGCUAGUUUUUGCUGUCAUCACUUGGUUUUCUUCCUGUUUAUUAGCUGAUUGUUACAGAUUUCCUGGCCCCCUUGUUGGCUCUAGAAAUCCAACUUACAUUAAUGCAGUCAAAGCUCAUUUAGGAGGAAUGAAGCAAAAACUUUGUGGGAUGGCUCAAUAUGGAAACAUGGUAGGAGUAUCUAUUGGAUACACAAUAACUGCAUCUAUUAGCAUGGCGGCAAUUGCAAGAUCCAACUGCUUUCACAAGGAGGGUCAUAAUUCAGGGUGCCAUACAUCAAACAACAUGUUCAUGAUCAUUUUUGGGAUAACAGAGAUUAUACUAAGCCAAACACCUAAUUUUCAUGAGCUUUCAGGACUCUCAAUUGUUGCUGCUAUCAUGUCAUUUGCUUACUCAUCCAUUGCUCUUGGUCUUUCUAUUGCUAAAAUUGCAGGAGAGAACCAUGUUAGAACAAGCCUAACAGGAGCAACGGGUGGAGUGAACAUGGCAAGCACAGAGAAAAUAUGGAAUACCCUCCAAGCCCUUGGGGACAUUGCUUUUGCUUUUGCUUACUCUGUUGUCCUCAUUGAGAUUCAGGAUACAUUAAAGCCAAGUUCACCAGAAAACCAAGUAAUGAAGAAAUCAUCCUUAGUUGGAGUGACAACCACAACAAUAUUCUACAUUUUGUGUGGAACAUUGGGAUAUGCAGCAUUUGGGGAACAGGCACCAGGGAACUUGCUAACAGGAUUUGGCUUUUAUGAACCCUUUUGGCUUGUUGACCUUGCUAACAUUUGUAUUGUUAUUCAUCUUGUUGGAGCUUACCAGGUAUUUUGCCAACCAAUUUUCAAGCUUGUGGAAGAUUGGUGUAACAAAAAAUGGCCAGAAAGUAGAUUCCUGACAAAGGGAUAUCCAAUUGGUGGUGUUUUCCAUGUCAAUUUCUUCAGAUUACUAUGGAGAACAGGAUAUGUCAUGGUAACAUCUUUGCUGGCCAUGACAUUUCCAUUCUUCAACAGUGUUUUGGGUUUACUUGGGGCUCUAUCAUUUUGGCCGUUGACUCUUUAUUUCCCUCUAGAGAUGUACAUUUCUCAGGCCAAAAUUGCUCGAUUUAGCUUCACUUGGAUAUGGCUAAACAUUUUGAGUAUGGUUUGCUUGGUUGCGUCACUCCUUGCUGCUGCUGCUAGCAUUCGAGGCAUUAUUAUGGAUCUUAGCAACUUCAAGCCUCUCCAUUCUGUAUCAUAAUUCUCUCACCAAAUUUAGUAGAGAAACUGAUGCUUGUAUGGAAUAACAGAUAAUCGUUUGCUAUUGGAUUGCAGAAGAUCUCAAAUGGAUAUUAUUGGUUACUUCUCUUUCUA